AUGGCAGGUCGCCGGUGGGCCGCGACGUCAGCCCUCUGCGUGUGCGUGGCAGCCGUGACUCUCCUGCACGCCGGCGGGGUGCGGGCAGACUGCUGGCUCAUCGAGGGGGACAAGGGCUUUGUCUGGUUGGCCAUCUGCAGCCAAAACCAGCCCCCCUACGAGUCCAUCCCCCAGCAAAUCAACAGCACCAUCGUGGACUUGCGGCUCAACGACAACAAGAUCAAGAGCGUGCAGUACGCCUCGCUCAGCCGCUUCGGCAACCUGACAUACCUCAACCUGACGAAGAACGAGAUCUCCUACAUCGAGGACGGUGCCUUUUCAGGACAGUUCAACCUCCAGGUGCUGCAGCUGGGUUACAACCGACUGAGGAACCUCACCGAGGGCAUCCUCCGGGGCCUGGGGAAGCUGGAGUACCUCUAUCUCCAGGCCAACCUCAUCGAGUCCGUCACCCCCAAUGCCUUCUGGGAAUGCCCCAACAUUGUGAACAUUGACCUGUCCAUGAACAGGAUCCAGAGACUCGACAGCAACACUUUUCGGGGCCUAAACAAGCUCUCUGUCUGUGAACUCUACAGUAACCCCUUCUACUGCUCCUGCGAGCUCCUCGGCUUCCUGCAAUGGCUGGAGGCUUUCACCAACAUGACACGCACGUAUGACCGGAUGCAGUGCGACUCUCCGCCUGACUACAUGGGCUACUACUUGUUAGGCCAAGGCCGGACUGGCUACCGCAAUGCUCUGAGCAUGCUCUCUUCCCUCUGCACCGGUGGCUCCUACACUGUGAUCCCUCGUUUUUUCCCUCCCAGGUACCAGGUGACCACGGUGCCCUCCGAAAGCCCCUGCUCCGAGGAGGAUUGCUCCUCUGGUGAUGGCACGACCCCGCAGUUCUCCCUUUUCACGCCCAUCGGCGAAACGGAGGUGCGCCCCAACAUCCAGGUGAAGCACCUCAACCACAACUCAGCCGUCCUCACCGUGCAGAUCCCCUAUCCCUUCAGCAAGAUGUACAUCCUCUCCCAGUUUGAAAAUGGCUUCUCCUCCAUGAUCACCAAGCUCAGGAAGAAAGAGGAGAACAUCACCGUGAGCAACCUAGUAGCACAAAGAGAUUACACCUACUGUGUAGUCUCUGUCUACCAAUACUCCAAGUACAACCACACCUGUGUCACCAUCACACCCACCAGACCCAACCGCAAGGAGCCGGUGCCCACUCCUUCCACUGCCACUCAUUACAUCAUGACAAUCCUGGGCUGUCUCUUUGGCAUGGUGAUUGUCCUGGGCGUUGUGUAUUACUGUCUCCGGAAGAGGCGUCAGCAGGAGGAGAAGCACAAAAAGGCAGCCGGCAGCAUGAAGAAGACCAUCAUCGAGCUGAAAUAUGGGCCAGAAAUGGAGACCACCAGCAUCACCCAGCUGUCCCAGGGACAGAUGCUGGCCGGGGAGACAGUGACCCGCAUCCCCUACCUGCCUUCUGCUGGUGAGGUCGAGCAGUACAAGCUGAUUGACAGCAGUGAGACCCCCAAGGCCACCAAAGGCAACUACAUGGAGGUGAGGACCGGUGAGCAGCCCGAGAGGCGAGACUGCGAGCUGUCCCUGCCGCCGGACACCCAAAGCUCUGUGGCUGAGAUCUCCACCAUUGCCAAGGAGGUGGACAAGGUGAACCAGAUCAUCAACAAUUGCAUCGAUGCCUUGAAAUCCGAGUCCACCUCCUUCCAAGGGGUGAAAUCGGGGGCAGUCUCCACGGUGGAGCCUCAGCUGGUGCUCUUAUCAGAGCAGAUCCCCAGCAAGCACGGAUUCCUCUCCCCUGUCUACAAGGAAAGCUACAACCACCCUCUCCAGCGACACCACAGCAUGGAGGCAGCCCCCAAGCGCUCCAGCACCUCUUCCAGCGGCUCCAUACGGAGCCCCAGGUCCUACCGCUCCGAGGGAAUAGAAGCCAAAUACAUCGAGAAGACGUCCCCCACCACCGACACCAUCCUCACUGUGACACCGGCCGCGGCCAUCCUGCGGGCAGAGGCGGAGAAGAUCCGCCAGUACAGCGAACACCGGCACUCGUACCCCAGCUCGCACCAAGGGGAGCAGCACGACAGCAUGGCGGGGCGAAAGCCCUCCAUCCUGGAGCCUCUGACCCGUCCUCGCCCCAGAGACCUGGCCUAUUCCCAGCUCUCGCCUCAGUAUCACAACCUGAGCUACACCUCCAGCCCAGAGUACACCUGCAAACCAUCGCACAGCAUCUGGGAGCGCUUCAAACUCAACCGCAAGCGGCACAAAGACGAGGAGGAGUAUAUGGCAGCCGGCCACGCCCUACGCAAAAAGGUCCAGUUUGCCAAAGACGAGGAUCUUCACGACAUCUUAGACUACUGGAAGGGCGUCUCUGCCCAGCAAAAGUCCUGAGUCCUCACACAACUCGUGACUUAACACACUAACUGGACCAAAAGAAA